UGCCAGGUUACCACUACCAAAAUGCCUUCUACAAGGAUAAAUGUGUAGUUGGCGUACACAAUCAAAAUCAGUAGUACAUCAUCCCCUCGACUGGAGCCCUUCGGCCAAGCGUCAGACUUUACACAAGCGCAGAGCUGACGGGAACAGCCACGCCAUCGGUUUGGAGGAGAAUCGUUUCCGAUCCGACAACAACAAAAGCAAUCAGGCGCAGCAGCAACAACCGGCAGCUGCCGAGGUAGAUGUCACUCCACCAUCCGAAGCAUCCGAGGACUCCGACGACUCGGGCGUCAGUUGGGAUGAGCUGAGCUCAGUGCCGCCGUGUCCGAUUCCUCUCGCCGCAAUAUCAACAAUAGCAACGAAAUCAAUACAGAUUAAAGCCACGAAGCGGAUCCCAAUACCAUGCGUCGCCACCUUCCUGUCGGGCUGUCUCUUCAGCAGCAGGACGCUCUAUGUCCUGCUCUGCGGGCACCACGGGAUCCACUCCAACAUGUUUUGCGCUUCGUAUUUUGAUAAUGUAGAUAAGCUUGAAAAGAAGAGCGAAUAUGAUGGGCCCAGCCAGGACCCCCACCCAGUGGGCGCAGUGGGAAGUCCAGACGACGACGACCGGUGGCUCAGGGGUCGGUGCCUGGAAAUAUCUGUAUGCCUUCAGGCCGACUUUUUCCACAUCCGCAAUACACUCAGAAACCAUCUUACAGGAAGGCACUUCAUUCGCUAUUCGGGAAAAGAAAACUCCUAUGAUUCGAAUUAA